AUGUAUUCCAAAGAUUAUGUUAAACACUUAGAUGAUGAGUUCCAAGCAAAAACCCAGAAUGUUGAAAUUCCCCAGAGCCCUGAUCAAAUAAACCUGUCACCCUCUUCAUCCCCUAAUGACAAUUCAUUACCUACUGAUAUCCAGAGUAAUUCUGAUGUAAAUAAUAUUGUUGAUCCUGACAACCACAGUAUAGACGAUAAUCCGAGUAAAUCUGCUGUCAAUCCGAGUACUUCUGCUGAUGAUAAUCCGAAUCCAACUACUUCUGCUGUUGUUAAUCCGAGAGAUUCUGCUGCUGCUAAUCUGAGAAAUUCUAUUGCUGUUAAUCCGAGAAAUUCUACUGCUGUUAAUCCGAGAAAUUCUACUGCUGUCAAUCCGAAUAAUUUUGAUGCUGAUAAUCUGAGUACCGAGAAUAUGAAUGGUCUUACUGCUUCAACUAGCCUGAAUAAGGAACUGAAAACCUUGCUCUUAGAAGCCAAGAAGAAAAGAAGAAACUGUAAAGCUGCUAUUACCAGACUAGGGAAAGUACUAGAUAGACUGAUUAAUGAAAAAAGGGGAAUAGAAGAAAUCCAAGAAAUAGUUUUGAAAAUAGACACUGCAUUUGAUAAUCUGGUGGAAACACAUACUGCAUAUACUCAAAUGAUAGAUGACGAGGAUGAAUUUGAAACUGCAGAAAUUUGGUUGGAUGAUGUGCAAAACCAGGUCACAACAUUAAAAAUGUAUUCCAAAGAUUAUGUUAAACACUUAGAUGAUGAGUUCCAAGCAAAAACCCAGAAUGUUGAAAUUCCCCAGAGCCCUGAUCAAAUAAACCUGUCACCCUCUUCAUCCCCUAAUGACAAUUCAUUACCUACUGAUAUCCAGAGUAAUUCUGAUGUAAAUAAUAUUGUUGAUCCUGACAACCACAGUAUAGACGAUAAUCCGAGUAAAUCUGCUGUCAAUCCGAGUUCUUCUGCUGAUGAUAAUCCGAAUCCAACUACUUCUGCUGUUGUUAAUCCGAGAGAUUCUGCUGCUGCUAAUCUGAGAAAUUCUAUUGCUGUUAAUCCGAGAAAUUCUACUGCUGUUAAUCCGAGAAAUUCUACUGCUGUCAAUCCGAAUAAUUUUGAUGCUGAUAAUCUGAGUACCGAGAAUAUGAAUGGUCUUACUGCUUCAACUAGCCUGAAUAGUAAUUCUAGGUCUACCUUUUUGUUCAGCAUAUACUAG